AUGGCGGACGAGGGUCCCGGCGGCCCUCUGCGCGGCGGCCUGCAACACGAGCUGCUGCAGAAGAUAGUGCGCCCCAAGCGGAGUGGCCCGCAGCGCGGGGAGGCCGAGGCGACGGGGCGGCGUGCAUCCUCCAGCGACGGCGGCGCCUGCUCCGGAUGCUGGUGCUGGCGGCGGCUCUUCCGGAUCUCAGCGGCGCGCGGCCCGCGCAGGAAGAAGAGCAAGUACGCGCGGCCGGGCAAGGCGACCUCAGAGCGCGGCCUGUGGGGCCACCCGAGCCUGCAGAGGCUGCUCCAGAGGCUGGCGUCCUGGAGGCGGCGCUACCUGCGAUGCAGGGAGCGGCCCGAGAGGCUGGAGGAGAUCCCGCUGCUGGUGCUGGAUCGCGCGCAGAACCGUGACUAGGCCGCGGCCGGGCCGCAGACCUAAGGGUUGGUUUUGUUUUGUAAAACAAAAGCAAGAAAUGAAAAUAAACCCAACACGGUAUGAACGAAAGAACGUGGAUCAUUGGGGACCGUGCACGAGGAACCCAGGGUGUCGCGUUGUCUGGGAUGAGGUGAACUGGCCUCCUCCCCAUUCCGCCCUUCUUCCCAUC